GAAUAUGUGACUGAACAUGUUGCACGGUGCGCGGGAUUCGAAUCCGUUAAAUGCCUGAUCCAGAAGAGGCUAUAACUCCGAAGCGGAAAAGAUGUCGCAAAUACCCUCGGACAUUUGUUCAGCAGUUAAAGUCUGUUGGACAAGCUAUUGAACCUGGUUGUCCGGUUAAUGAUAUCCUUAGUCCGAGUAAAACACCAACAACUAGUGCAUAUUCUCCCCACUGGUCCCAUGAAGACAUUGUUGUGGGUGUCAAACAAGGGGAACUUUUGUCGGGCAACCUACGUAUUAAUCCAAGAAACUUCGAAGAUGGAUACAUAAAGCACCCGGCUGGCGAUGCUGAUAUAUAUAUCUCAACCUUGGUUUCCAGGAACCGAGCACUACCUAACGAUAUCGUUGCUGUCUUGUUGGAACCUAAGCGCAACUGGAGGGUUUUUGAUUCUUUUGUGAAUGAAGCGUCUUUGACAGAAAUGGUAGACUCUAAACAGAACAAGAAACCAAGAUAUGUUUCCCUCGAACAGUUUAUCAAAAUUCAACCUGAAGGGUUGGAACAGCUUUUAGGUCACUCCCUUGCACAACAAAUUAAACAGGAUCUAGAUUCAUCUACCGAUCCUAUAAAUUCGUCAGGUGAAAAUAAUCUACUAGCAUACGCUUCAUGGUGGUCGGUUAUUCAAAGAACUGGUCGUGUUGUUGGAAUCCUACAACGCUUACAUUCACGUGCUUGUAUAGGGUAUCUUCAACCUCCUAAUAAUGGACAAACCUCCAAGAAAACACCUUCGAAAGUUGAUCAAGGUUCUCAUCCGUCCGAUGCAGUUUGCACAAAAUGUGAUGAUCAGAAAGAAAUUCAACCUUUCAAUUCUACAUUGUGUAAUUGGAGAAACGCUGUCCUAAUACCAACCGAUACACGUCUACCACGAGUCUUUAUACCUCGUGAGAUCUGUCCUGAAGGAUUUCAGAGGCAUCCAGAAAACUAUAAAAAUGUUCGUUUUAUUGGCCGUAUCACUGAAUGGCCGGAUACGAGUAUGUUCCCAAAAGGGGAGUUGUUACGAAAAUUGUCAUGUGAUUCUUCCAAUCUAAUUCAGGAUGAAACUGAUAAAAUUCUAGUCGGAGCAGGAUUCAUUUGGGGUGUAGAUGCAGCUUUUCAGUUUCCUGACGAAGUUAAUGAAUCAGUACGUAAAUCUAUGGAUGAUGUAUACGCCAAUUUUCGGCAAGAUUUGAAAUAUCGUAAAGAUUUUCGAAAGAAUUGUAUUUUUACAAUAGACCCCAGUACUGCACGUGAUCUUGAUGAUGCAUUGCAUAUUAGACAGUUGGAGCCUAAUGAAAUAGAAAGUUUAGCGUCCAGUGGCUAUUCGAAUGCUGUAUAUGAGGUUGGUGUACAUAUAGCUGAUGUAUCAUAUUUUGUGAAACCUGAUAGUCCCGUUGAUAUAGAAGCGGCCAACAGAGCGACCUCUAUAUACUUAGUACAAUUGUGUGUACCUAUGUUACCUCGUUCACUCUGUGAAGAACAAUGCAGUCUUAAUCCGAAAGAAGAUAAAUUCGCAUUUUCUGUUGUAUUCACUGUUACUGAGGAUGCCAGGAUUUUGACUACGUGGUUUGGUCGGACAUUAAUUCGUUCCUGUUGUAAACUCACUUAUGAAGAUGCUCAGGAGUUUAUUGACCAUCCAGAUAAGGACUGGACUUCCAGUGAUUUUAUCAAUGUGGAGCACCCACAUACUGUAUCGGAUAUCCAUCAGAAUGUCCUGAGAUUGAACAAUUUGGCUGUUAAAAUGCGUAAAAAACGUUUUCAUUCUGGUGCUCUUCGCUUAGAUCAAGUCAAGUCAUCGUUUUCACUGGAUGAUGGUAAUGGGCUACCGUUAGGUUUAGCUCCUUAUAUAACGAAGCAAAGCAACUGGCUUAUUGAAGAGUGGAUGUUAGCAGCGAAUAAGGCAGUUGGUGAACGUUUAGCCAAGUACCUACCAGAGUUAGCUUUUCUUAGACGCCAUCCACCACCGUCAAUGAAGCAGCUAACAGAUGUUGCAACUAGCUUAAAUGUAGCUGGAAUUAAAGUAGAUAUCGACACAGCUGGAUCCAUACAGGCUUCUCUUUGUCGGGAAGCAGGCUGUGAUCCUGAAGUUGGAUAUCAUUAUUCAGAAACCCUGGUCGAAUUGUGUACAAACUUCUUGUCUAAUAUGCCAGGAGUUGAAACUAGUUUGAUAACAGGAAUGGAAACUUUGGACAUAAAUCCUGUCAAUCAACACCAGAAGAUGUUACUGCCGAAAACACUUGAACAUGAAGCUCGACUCCUUGUUGCAGUUGCUUUAUUAUCUAAGGCAAUGAAUUUAGCUGUAUAUUUCUGUUUGGGUCUCCUACCAUCUAAAUUAUCACCUGCACAUUAUGCUUUGAAUAUGCAAUUGUACACACAUUUCACGUCUCCUAUUCGUCGUUAUGCUGAUGUUAUUGUUCACAGACAGUUGUCUGCAACUUUGGUUGAGGAAGAGAUAAAUCCUGACAAGGCAGCAUGGUACUUAAGUACAGCUUUACCGAAAAGAAUAACACCACUUGAUUUACAACAGCAAGCUGAGGUUUGCAAUUCCAAGAAAUUAUCAGCUCGACUUGCCAGUGAAGAAAGUGCUGAGUUGUUUUUUGUUCUCUUCGUUAAGGAAACCGGUCCACUAAUGGAGACGUGUGCCGUAACUGCUCUACUAGAUCGUUCAUUUGAUGUUUUGAUUCUUUCUUGUGGACUCACUAGAAGAGUAUAUUUGCAGAAUUUGAAUUUAAAAAGUUAUGAGUUUGUUCCUCCACGAACUGCUAUGGGGAAAGUAGUUGAAGGUGGAAAGCUUUGUCUCCUUUGGAAUAGUGACUGUGAAAAUACUAACGGAAACGGUUCAACAGCUGUUUCUAAUAAUCAAGAUGUUACUGUUGGUACAAAGGAUGUGCUACCCAGUUGUGGUUGCUUCUAUAUGGAAAUUAAACUUUUCGAUGUUGUACGAUGUUCUAUUGCUGUUGAUCCUUGUGAUUUAGAAAAUGAUUUCAAUUAUAAUCCACGUCAGAAUACUUCACUGCCAAAAUUAACUGUUUCUCUUCAACGCCCUACGUGUAACAAGUGUCAUGUUGUGUAACUAUACUACUGGUUUUUGUAUACAAACAACUAACAAUAUGACUCAUUAGUUUGUCUUUCUUAUUGGCUUUUACUAGUGAAUAGGAUUCUGUUUUAUUAUUCGUUUAUUUAUGCAAUUUCUAUGCAACAGUAAACCUUGUUUAUAUAUAUAUAUAUAUAUAUAUAUAUAUAUAUAUAUAUAUAUAUAUAUAUAUAUAUAUUGAUAGUUUGUCGAUAGUUUAUCAAUUCCAAGGCAUUGAUCUUAUAAUUUGACGAAAUAGAUAUCUCCGAACGUUGUUGUUGUUGUUGUUGAUAGGAAGCGGUCUUAAUUGAAAUCAACAUUCCAAAUCAUCAAUCGCUAAGGUAGAAGUUUUAGAUUUUAGCCUUUUUUAUGUUACUGUGUGGUCACAAAAAACCUUAUUGGACAAAUUUGUCCCAUUGCUCAACAAUCAAAAUAAGUAUCCAACUUGUAACCUAGUGGUUUUGUCUAUGUUGAUGAGAACUGUACAUAGGUGAUGUAUUUUUUGUCAAACAAGGAGUUUUCCUUACAGUCACAGAUCGAUCUUUGUCUUCUGAUUUUUGUGCCUCAGUGAAGUCAUAAGGUUGUGUAGAACACAGUAACUAUGCGUAUACAGUCGAAUUAUCUUAUUGUGUUAGUAGCAGUCUUGUAUUUCUUAUUGUUCUGUCAGUCACUUCAGUUGUCUAGUAGUCAGAUUAAUCAAAAAUUCUACACGGAUGAAAUUAAAUUUUGUUAUCUAUGUACAUUGCUGUAAAUGUUGGAUAUACAAUAAUAGCGAUAAAUUUAGUUCGUUAAUAUCCGUUUUCAAAUAGGCAUCAUAUGAAAAUGCUCAGUUGUGUUUACUAUGUUUACACUACAUGCUUUGAAGAUUCUUUAAAGAACUAGUUGAAAAGAAUACUGUCAUUAACACGUAUCACUGUUAAUGUUUACUGUAACCAUAGUUAGUUAGUUCAUUUAGAUCUGUGUAUACUUUACUGCAAAUGUAUUUUGUCAACAUUUUUUUAAUGUAAUUAUGCUAACAUCUUAUUGAAGUGAAAUUUCCCCUCACAAUUCACUAGUAUUCUUUCCUUUCAUUAUAUUUUGUGUAUUUGAAUAACAUGGAAAUUGUUUUGUAAAUUAUUCACUAUGCUUUUUGAAAUAUACAUUUGUGAAUAUAU